GCUCGGACAUCAUUCGUCUCCGAGUCUCCGUCGAGGUCGUACCGAGUUUUUCUUAUUUUCGUUGAAUUUUCUCGUUGAUCGAUAUGUCUGGACGCGGCAAAGGUGGCAAAAUCAAGGGAAAGGCGAAGUCUCGUUCGAACAGAGCUGGUCUUCAGUUUCCGGUCGGACGUAUCCACAGGCUGCUCCGGAAAGGCAACUACGCAGAACGCGUGGGUGCCGGCGCUCCUGUCUACUUGGCAGCUGUAAUGGAGUACUUGGCAGCUGAAGUGUUGGAAUUGGCGGGCAACGCUGCUCGCGACAACAAGAAGACCAGAAUUAUUCCCAGACACUUGCAACUGGCCAUCAGGAACGACGAGGAAUUGAACAAACUGCUCUCUGGAGUGACUAUCGCUCAGGGUGGUGUCCUGCCGAACAUCCAGGCGGUACUUCUGCCCAAGAAGACCGAAAAGAAGGCGUAAAUAUCUCUGCUCGCUAAAUGGAUCUAUCUAAUUAUAACGGCCCUUUUCAGGGCCAACAAUUUCAUAACGAAGGAACAUCCCAUUCAAUUGAUUUACCAACGUUGAACUACUAUAGAUUCAAAUAACAGUUCAUAAUUGACUUCUACAUUUUGGAGCACUAAAUGCAUUUUAUUUUUAGAAAACUAGAAAUUAACUAGAAGUUCAAGUUUUCUGAU